GAGUUGCUCUUUUCCAAGCCAAAUUACAACCAAAACUCCAUGCUUACCCAUGGAUUAUUCUAAGCCUCACCACCUUUAUCUUUAACAUCAUUAUCCUCUCACGGUCAGCAACAAAGGAGAUUCUUCCAACGUAGAAUAAGGUUAGAAGAAGUCCUUAAAAGUGAAGAGAAAAAGGACACAAAGAAUCAGCCUAAAGUGCCAGCCCAACAAUUCAACCUCAAGUCACUCCUCUACACAUGGAGUACUCCUUUGUAUUACACAUAUAAGCUUCCCAGAGGUGGAGUGGAUAAUCUGUGAUCUGGGUUCAAACCUUCUUUGCUAUUUUCUUUUUUUCCCUUUUAAUUUUUCAUUUUAGUGUCUGUUCUAGUUUAUUUCUGGGUAGAAGAGCAAAAUUUCUUUCUGGGCUCUCAAGAUUUGAGGUUUAGGUUCAAGUUUAGUGGAGAGAUGUUGGAAGGGAAAGCUUUGAUAGAUGAUACUGAUAUGCCAUUGAAGAUGCAAAUCCAAGCAAUGGCUUCUGCUUCUCAAGCUCUGGAUCUGUAUGAUGUUUUAGACUGUAAAUCUAUUGCUGCCCACAUCAAGAAGGAUUUUGACACAAGAUAUGGAAAUGGAUGGCAGUGUGUGGUGGGAUCUAACUUUGGGUGUUUCUUCACUCAUACUAAAGGGAGUUUCAUAUACUUCACACUGGAGACUCUCAACUUUCUCAUCUUUAAAGGAGCUUCUUCUCCUCCAUCUUCUCCUUGAUAAACAGUUUGUCAAGAAAGAUGGAGGAUUGGGAAACAAAGCAUAGGGCUGUAAAUAUGAAGGUAAAAGUGGUACUAGGUUUUACAUUAUAUAUUGUGUUUUAGAGGGCCAUUUUGCUAAUUGCCUCUAUUUCAAUCUAAGUUUGUAACAAAUAUGAUGUAUUGGGCCGGUAUGUCAAUUGCUCAAUAAGGUUUCAAGAACAGAAGUUCGGCUGAGGUUUGAACUGUUCACAUAAAAUAUUUCUAUGU